AUGGAACCAUCGCCGGAGCCUCCUCGGUCAGCCGCGGAGUCUGCCUCUGCGUCGGCCUGUGCGUCGGCCUCGACAUCUGCCACCACUGUCGACGCUCCGCCCGCCUCCAUGGCCACGGCUCACCUUGCACGCUUUGAAUUUAGCGACCUGGGCACCAGGAUCCUCAUGGUUGAGUGGCAUCCCGGUGCUGCUGCUUCUGCUGCUUCUGCUGCUUCUGCUGCUGCCCCCACCGCCGACGGCACUCUCGUCACACGUGCACCCUCCGAACCCUUGGGCUCCGACCCCGAGCCAAACCCAAACAGAGCUGCCGCCCCCGUACCCGGUGAUCAGAUCGACAGUAUCAAGAACAACGCUUCACUUUCGGCUGCAGAUGCUACGGCUUGGGAAGUUUCCUGGCCCGGAAAGUCGACGUUUCUUCCCGCCAGAGACACAGACAAGGAUGAGGUGGGCACUCGCCGCCGUGUGUACUUCCUCCUGCCGCCAGAAGCAUCCAUUCCCACAAACGUCACCAUCACGCCCCCGGGACAGCCAAGCAUACUCGUGAAGCCUCUCCCUGCCAUUUUCCCGCCCGGGUUCAACGUCGAGUCGGGACCUCGCGGCGUCUUGCAUACUCUGUGGGCGAAGAAACGCUUGUCGGAGCUCCAAUGCGAGAUGGAUGCUGAGAUGCGGGCCAAUGCCGAAAGUGUUGGCCUACAGAUGGCCCUGGCCGAGAAGCAAUGGAUCAUUGACAAUUUCCUUGCCCCGCCAUCCGCGCCGGCACCCAUGUCUCCUCGGUCGGCUAUCUCUGGCCGCCUGGGAGACAAGCCGAAGGGGCUUCGAUUGGCGACCUCGCCUGAAGCUCUGGUGCCCGGUCCAACCGCAAACACGUUUACCGGCAUCCACGUUCCAUCACAAACGUUAUCACUAUUGGGCCAUGAUAUUGCCGUGUCCUCAUUCUCCGCCAUCCCGCGUGGCACCGGCCUCCCAGAGACCAUGUCAUUGAACGGCGCCGUGCAGGGGAAAAUACCACGUGUCGACCUCAGCUCUCGUGACGAUGACGAUGAUCUGUUUGCUCUCCCACUCAGUCCGCGGAGUCCCGAUAUGAAAAGGAGCCCAUUCAGCACUCUCUCGUGA